AUGGAUCCAUAUGACAAUUAUUAUCAUCUAUCGGCGAAGAAUGAAGAUCAAAUUCAAGGACUUAUUGCUAAUGGAGACCUUCAAAGUUUGGACCAAACUCAAGAAGUCGAUUGGAUUGAAAAAUCAAAUUUUGAACCUUCAUUUCCAGAUGAAGAUGACGUAGAAUAUACAAUACCCAAAGGACCGCAAGAUUUCAAAUCAACUUUGUCAAUAGGAGCUUUAUCUCAAGUAGUAAAGAUUUUAUUAAUAUUUCCUCGAGACGAUCAACAGUUGGAAGUUUUGAGUACUGUUGCAAGAAACUUAGGAUGGAGCGUAUCAAUAGCCAAAAAUGCAGAACAAGCUGUAGAAAUAUUUCAAAAUCGAUACCACGAAUUAAUAAUAAUCGACCGCCGAGGUCAUCGAGCACCCGAAGCCGAUACUAUUUGCCAAGCUAUACGUUCCACAAACUAUCAUCACAGUAGUGUAAUUUUGGCACUGGUUAAAAAAUCAUUUUUCACAACGACUGAUAAUGAAAAAAUUAUGACAUUAGAUCUCCUAAAUAUUGGCUACAGUAGAGCAAUGAUGGAAUGUUCACAUGAUAUAAUGCUUAGCAAUCAAUUGAUCGGGAUCUACGUAAGUGAAAUUCAACCAAGACUGCAACUUGCAGCAGCACACGCUCUUUAUGUAGCCAUGGACAGGUGUAAGGAUAUGGUACAUAUAACUGAUGAACACCAUAUAGUCCGAUUCGUUAAUAAAGCAAGUGAAAAAUUACUGGGCUACCAAUAUGAUGAAAUUUUAGGAAGCAAUCUCUCGGAAAUAAUAACACAUGAAAAUUUUGUAUUGAUGGAUCAACAAUUGCAGCGUGGCAGAGAAUUUGAAGCUCAACGACGUUCAAGUUUACAAAAAUUAAAUAAUUUACCAUUAGAAUCACCCAUCACUAAAGUGAUGACACUUUUAACAAAUGCCAUGACUGAAAUAAAUGCCGCAAAUCCUGAAAUAGCUACGCAGAUUGAUAGGGCAAUUGAAACUCUUAAAGCAACAGAACUUUACAGACCAUAUCUCAAAGAAGAUACUAAAAUUACUAAUGAUCCAGUUGCAUCAGAUUUAGUGGAAGCACUGUUAUCAAAACCAUCUCAUUAUAUUCGUGAUGGACGAAGAUCUUCGAAUGAUUCAAUGCGCAGUGUAACUAUGAAACUUGGAAAUUCAAUAAGCCAUCGAACGCUUACAAAAAACCUCCAAGGGCCAAGAGAAAUUGAUAAAUUGCUAGAUCGCAGUCUCGAUUGGGAUUUUGAUAUUUUUAGCCUAGAAGUACUGACUGAAAGAAGGCCGCUGGUACAUUUGGGAAUGAAUUUAAUGUGUCGAUACAAUGUUCCUGCUAAACUGAAUUGUGAUGAGACAAUUUUACGAAAUUGGCUUAGUGUAAUUGAAUAUAAAUAUCAUUUAGAUAAUAGUUAUCAUAAUUCAACUCAUGCAGCUGACGUCUUACAAGCAACGGCACGAUUUAUGCAGUCAGAACGACUGCAAAUGGUUUUAGAGCCUCUUGAUGAGGUCGCUGCAUUGAUUGCCGCUGCAGCGCACGAUGUCGACCACCCCGGUAAAUCAAGCCAAUUUUUAUGUAAUGCUGAUAAUAAAUUAGCAAUACUUUAUAAUGAUAUAUCAGUACUUGAGUCUCAUCAUGCUGCAUUGACAUUCAAACUGACACUAUCUGAUGACAAUGUUAACAUUUUUAAAAAUUUAGAAAAAGAAACUUAUAAAAUCAUAAGACAAAAUAUCAUAGAUAUGAUUUUGGCAACAGAAAUGACAAAACAUUUUGAACAUUUGGCUAAAUUUGUCAAUAUUUGCAGUGGUACAGGUAGUGAUGAGUACUACUCUGACGGAAUUGACAUGGUAACGCUAUUGCAACCAGAAAAUGUGACGCUAGUAAAAAUAAUGAUGAUCAAAUGUGCUGAUGUGUCGAAUCCUACUCGUCCUCUACGAUGUUGUAUAGAAUGGGCUAAAAGAAUAGCCCAAGAAUAUUUUGAUCAGACUGAUGAAGAAAAGAAACAAAAAAUGCCGGUUGUGAUGCCAUUGUUCGAUCGCAAUACUUGUUCCAUUCCCAAAUCUCAAAUUGGAUUUGUUGAUUAUAUCAUCAAUGAUAUGAUUGAAGCAUGGGAUGCAUUCAUUGACAUGCCAGAAAUAGUAACACAUAUGAAACAAAAUUAUGAUAAGUGGAAAGAAUAUCAUAAUAUGUCCGUGGUGCCUUUAAUGUAUCGCGAUUGGUGGGAUGACUUUGAUCGUCCAGUAUCCAGAUUGAUAGAUCAACACUUUGGAAGUGCUCUAAGUCGUGAUGAUUUAUUUUCAACAUGGAAUAUCAAUAGACCACGUUCAGUUUUUCCUACCUCUAUGUAUUACAGACCAUGGAGAAAUCUCGCAAGAUCUAAUUCCAGUGGUGCAAGCACCAUCCAGUGUGACAAAGAUAAAUUCGAAGUAAUCUUAGACGUACAACAAUUUUCGCCAGAUGAAAUAGUCGUCAAGACAGUUGACAAUAAUGUUAUUGUAGAGGCAAAACACGAAGAAAAAAAAGACGAGCACGGCUAUAUCAGUAGGCACUUUAUAAGAAGAUAUAUUCUUCCCUCAUGUCACGACCCCCUGGAAGUUACAUCAAGUCUUUCUUCAGACGGAGUGCUUACAAUUACUGCGCCGAAAAAGCUAUUGUCGCCGAAUUCUAAUGAAAGAAUCGUCAAUAUUGUCAAAACUGGAGAACCGGCAACAAAAAAUGAAGAAAUCAGACAUAUUGUAACUACCGAAGAAAACUAA